AUGCGAUCGAGCAUCCAGUCUAGUGUAUACGAAGAUUGGGAGAUUGCCCGUGACCACCAGAAUCAGCCAAUACCUUACCCGAAGAUCAAAUACCACGUGCAGACUCAUGACAAAGCCAUCAUAUAUCUGGGGACCACGGGCACAGAGUCACAAAGGAGAGAUAUCUGGGGACGUCUGGCAACAAGUGAAGACAAGCCUACCUCGUACGAGCUUUGCCUGCAGGUCACCGCAAAGACGGAUUAUCCCGCUUACUCGUGGCUCAAUCAGGUCGUCAUGGUCGCGAGAGCGAUGAUGACUGAAGAUAUGCUCGUUUACGAUGCAUAUCAGCUCGAGUAG